CAGAGAGAGUUGGAGUGUGUGUGAGCCAGCGUCGGUGGAUGGGACAGCCGGGCUCAGAAACCGCUGCUCCUGCCACUCUGCCGGAGGAGAGGGUGGGGGCUGGGGAAGACAGGCGAGGCUGGAGGAGAGGAUGGAAACACAGGAAGAGGGAGGGAGAGAGCCCAGGCCCAAAUAAAGCCAUGGGGGCUAGAACUGGGCUGGGUUCCCCUCUGCUUUAAAUACGCUGGCCGCCUGCAGGUUCGGGUUUGGUGGCUGGGGCUCGGCACCGGCGACCACCGCAGCUGCUGCAGCCUUCCUCAGGAGAGUCUCAUCAUCAGUGUUGUGGGCAUCCAGGAUGCCUCGGGUGGACGCAGACCUCAAGCUGGACUUCAAGGAUGUCCUGUUCAGACCCAAGAGGAGCAGUCUGAAGAGCCGCUCGGAGGUGGAUCUUCGAAGGACCUUCACAUUCCGCAACUCCAAGCAGACCUACACUGGCAUCCCCAUCAUUGCAGCCAACAUGGAUACAACAGGAACCUUUGAGAUGGCAAAGGUUCUCAGUAAACACACCCUCUUCACAGCCAUCCAUAAACACUACUCUGUAGAAGACUGGAAAAACUUUGCUGCUGACCAUCCAGAAUGCUUAGAGCAUGUAGCCGCUAGCUCAGGGAGUGGCAAUGCAGACCUGGAGAAGCUGUGUGCCAUCCUGCAGGCCGUCCCUACUCUCCAGUACAUCUGUCUGGAUGUGGCCAAUGGCUACUCAGAGUACUUUGUGGAGUUUGUCAAGACGGUGAGAGAAAAGUUCCCCAAACACACCAUCAUGGCUGGAAAUGUGGUAACAGGGGAGAUGGUGGAGGAGCUCAUCCUCUCUGGUGCUGAUAUAAUCAAAGUUGGUAUCGGACCAGGUUCGGUGUGCACGACAAGGAUCAAGACAGGAGUGGGUUAUCCACAGCUGAGUGCUGUCAUAGAGUGUGCAGACUCAGCCCACGGACUCAAAGGUCACAUUAUCUCUGAUGGUGGCUGCAGUUGCCCAGGAGAUGUAGCAAAGGCCUUUGGUGCCGGGGCUGACUUUGUCAUGAUGGGAGGAAUGCUGGCAGGUCAUGACCAGUGCACCGGGGAGAUCAUUGAGAAGAACGGCAAGAAGUACAAACUCUUCUAUGGUAUGAGCUCUGACACGGCCAUGAAGAAAUAUGUGGGUGGAGUUGCAGAGUACAGGGCUUCUGAGGGGCGAACAGUUGAGGUUCCUUACAGAGGGGAUGUAGAAAAUACCGUCCGUGAUGUCUUGGGGGGACUUCGUUCCACUUGCACCUACGUGGGAGCGGCCAAACUCAAGGAGCUGAGCCGGAGAACCACCUUCAUCCGAGUCACGCAACAAUCCAGCCAAAUGUUCACUUAGGGAGGGGAAGCUCCUUCUUAAACAGUUACAGCAAACAUUAUGGCUCCAUCAUAAUAUUGUGCAUGUCGAUGCAGAGUUUCAGACUGAGGCGUGGCAUGAAAAUCCAUCCUGUUUGGAUCAGGGUGUGUGCUUCGAGAAAAGUUCAAACUCCUGCAGAUUCUAAACACAAAAUCUAACAAGCGUUGUUCUUCUCAGUUUUCAAACAAAAGCAUUUACAUGCUUACCGACUCCACAAUGUAACUAGGCAUGUAAUGUGAUGGGAAUGUGCAAAUAUAAUGCUCUAAUGAUAACUUGCUGGAUAAAUGCAUCCCGGUUUAUGGGAGUUAGAUAAAGAGCCAUAUCACUGAGUAUGAAUGUGUUCUUAAUUCAAGCUACUGGCAACUAUGUAAUUUAGUUUGGAUAUUUCUGCACUCAGCAUAUCACUAAUUAUCACAACAUGAGCUGUUUUAGUUACACACAUGGUAGUGAACUCAUCAGGAGGGGAGCACUAUUCUGGCACUUUUUUUCUUUUUUACUCGCAAUGAUUUAGCAAAUCAAAAUGCAGGAUCCAGAAAGUCAAACCUUUAAUUAUUUUUGGAAAAAUAAUAUGGCAAUAAACUCUAUGCAGAAACCUCUGA